GAGAAGCACAGGCGGACACGGCCAACCUGUGCAGAGGUGAUUCCCACUGCUGAAAGGAAGAAGCAUUUUUAGAGCAAAAUAAGCUUUUCUUGUUACAGGAGCUGAAGCAAAGCAUAUUCCAGUAUGUUUAAGCUGUGUGGACUUCAAUUUCUGCUCAUCAUUCACUUGGCUAUGUGCCAGCCUUUGGGGGAACUGCAUGUAGCUGGGCCUCUGAAGGACAUGGAUUUCUCUAUUCCAGAAGGAGGGGGAAUGCGCUUAAUUUACCAGUUCACAUUAGACCCACCUGCUGUGAGUUUCAGAGCAACUGGUGAAAAAGAUGGAAUAAUUGACAUUGUGCCGAAGACAGGCAUCCUGUAUCUCAAUGGGUCUCUGGACUGGGAGACCAAAACAGUGCACAGGCUGCAGGUGGAAAGUCUGGAUGAAAAAGGAAAAGUAGUGAAAGGUCCAUAUGCUGUUACAAUAUAUGUGGAGGAUAUCAAUGACAACCCACCAGAAUUUGACCAGAUAAAGUAUACUGGAGUAGUGAGGCAGAACUCCCGUCCAGGCAAGCCCUUCAUGAAAGUCCACGCCACUGACCGCGAUGAUCCUACAACUCCCCAUGCACAGCUAACGUACAGCAUUCUCCAUCAUUUUCCCAACCCUUAUUCGGAAAUGCUUUUCCAGAUCAAUAACGUAACUGGAGAAAUCUCACCAAGUAAGAUGGGCUCUUAUUACUUAGAUCCUCAAAAGCAGGACACCUUCACACUUGUUGUCACCGUGAAGGACAUGGCAGGGAUGACAAUGAAUGCUUUCACCAGCAGCGCUGAUGUAAUCAUCACUGUGAAGGAGAGUUUGUGGAAAGCUCCCCCCACCAUACGCAUCCAAGAAAAUUCAACCCAGAUCCACCCUGUCAACAUCACCGAGGUGCACUCAAAUGAUCCAGAUGUAAUUUAUGAGCUUUUUGAAAAAGAAAAGCUGCCUAGGCUCCCAUUUUCCAUUGAUCAGAACGGGGUUAUUUAUGUGACGGAACCAUUGGACAGGGAAGAAAAGGACUCUUAUACUUUCUUUGUGGUCACAAAAGAUCACGAGGGAGAACUGGUGGACAAACCUCUGCAAAUUCAUGUUAUUGUGGAAGACAUUAAUGACAAUCCCCCUGUGUGCAAUCACGCCCUCACUGUAAUUGAAGUUCAAGAAAAUGAAGGUGGAGGAAGUUAUAUUGGCACCCUGCUUGCUACGGACAUGGAUCAGGAGGACACCCUCAACUCUCGUCUGAAGUUCGAAAUCGAGAGUCAGGUUCCUGCUGUUCCUGCAGAUAAUCUGUUCCUUAUUCAGAAAGACACUGGGCUUUUGCAGUUAACCAGCCAUUCAUUAAACAAGCGGAUGGUAUCCAACUAUACCUUGAAAGUGCAGGUGACAGAUACAGUAUUCCAAACAAUCUGUGACGUGCAAAUACAUGUCAUCGACAUCAAUGAUCAGAUUCCCAUCUUUGAAAAACCAGAUUAUCACAAUGUGACUGUUGCAGAAAGUCUCCCAGUAGGAACAGUGAUAUUAGAAAUUCAAGCUACUGAUGGAGACGAGCCUGACACAGGGAGCUCCUACAUCCAUUACCAAGUGAAGGAAGGAGACCCACACAACACGUUCAUCAUAGAUACAGAUCCUGAAACGAACCGAGGGUUUGUCAAGAUUCACAAGCCUCUUGAUUUUGAAGCAGCUCCGAUGUACAACCUGGUGAUCAGCGCCACAAACCCCGAACCGUUGGUAUCAGGCGUGAAUUACAACUCAAGCUCCCUUACCUUGUUUAAAGUUUUCGUAACAAAUGUGGAUGAGCCACCUGUUUUCAACAAGACAGUUUACAACAGUGAAGUGGCUGAAGACAUUCCUGUCAACUCCCUGGUCUUGUCGGUGGAGGCCUAUGAUCCUGAAGGGGAUUCUGUACGAUACUCCUUAGAAGGUGACAAAAGGAAAUGGCUGAAGAUCGAUUCAACCACUGGGCAGAUAUACACUGCUUCCAAUUUGGAUCGAGAACAGCAAGAAAUGUACACGGUUGAUGUUGUUGCAUCAGAGCGAAAUAAUCCAUCUCAGAAAUCCCAAACAACCUUGGUACUGCACUUAAAAGAUGUGAAUGACAACCCUCCACAGUUAUCUAUGAAUCAUCCUCCUUUCUUCUGCCACCCAGUCAGUGGAGGAGAGAGAUUUUUUAUUGAAGCUACCGAUGCUGAUGAACAGUUGUUUUAUUCAACAUUUACUUUUUCUCUUGUGGAUAAUAUGAAUACAAAAAAGAAUUGGGAAAUCUCAAAAGUCAAUG